ACCACCUUCGAGAAGUCUCCAUCGCCUCCACCACCACCAAUGGGGAAGAAGGGGCGGAAGCCGACGGCGACGAAGGGGGAGACUGGGGGGGCUUCCGCCGCUCUUCGAGGCCGUCUCCGACGAAGGGAGGGUGCUGACGAUGCUCGACGUGGACCCCGCCACCGAGGAUCCUGCCCUCCUCGACGCCAUCAGGAAGAAAAACAGCGCUGCUCUGAUCUCCAUGCUUGAUCCCCGUGAUGAGCUCUCAGCGGAAGACAGUACAAAUGCAGCUGGUGCUGUUUGGUAUCUCGUCAUAAAUGGCAACCACAUAACUCGCAAUCUGAAUCUGCUGACGGACCUCACGCCUGUGUGUGACCGUUGGGUCCGUAAUCUCUCUGGGACAGGCCCCCCGAUGCAAGUCUGCGCUCGGGGAUCGGUGAACUGUAACAGGAUCAAGCUUGAUGACGUAUGGUAUGUUCCUGGGGUCACCGAUAAUAUGAUGGCGGUUGCCCAUCUUACCCGUACCAAUAAAGAACUUAAAGUCAGAGUGGAUAGCGAUGGCUGUUCUGUUGUGCGGCGUGAUGGUGCUGUAGUUGGCAGAGGGCAUUCCAAGAACGAUCUGUAUGAGCUCGACUUUCUUGACGCCAUUAGUGGAUCUUCUUGGUACAUCGUCUCGAAUGCUGCUGAACACAUGACCGGCAACCUGCACCUCCUGACGAACUUCACUCCCACGUGUCUGGGCCGCUCAGUCCGGACACACACGGGUGCGAUGCUGCAGGUGCGUGGCAAGGGGUCCCUGAGCUCCACCCAGUUCGCCGUCCCUGGAGUCAGCUACGUCCCAGGGCUCACAGAGAACAUCAUCUCGGUGACCCAGCUCACCGACAGCGGUUUCACCGUUGCGUUUGGGCCCCAUGGCUGCACUGUCAUGAGGAACCGCGACGGGGCUGAGGUUGGCUACGCGUUCAAUGCGGGCAGCCAGCUGUACCGGCUCAACCACCUCAGGGUCGCUGCCAGCAAGUAGCUUGUCAACCGAAAGUUGUGAGAGUAACCGGCCGUAUGAGUUGCUAAGAUGAAGAGGAAGUUUAGCUGCAGGUCUUUUGGCUGCAAACAAGCUGUUAGCUGUUUCUCUGUAUGAAAAAACUCCUACAGUAGAUGUUUCAGUUAAUGUUCAGUUAGGAUCCUGAUACUACUAUUUCUGUGUACGGGCCAUGAGAGGGAGAAGGCAAUGAGAUAUCACAACUCGCCAGUUACGCAUGGUUGGGUUGCUUCAU